AUGGAUCAAACUGUAGUACCAAUUAUCAAGUUGAAUGGAGAAAACUGGAUAGUUUGGAAAUUUCAAACCUCAGUCAUUCUAAAAGGGCGAGGUUUAUACGACAUAGUGGAAGGUCAAAAACCAAGAUCGUCGGUAGUACAGGAACAGGAAGACUGGGAUAAAAGGGAUGCAAAAGCUCAAGAAAUUUUGCAAAGAUUCUUUAUGCCAGAGUUUGGAGAGUCAGUGUCAACAUAUAUAUCACAGUUGGAAGAGAUCAGAAAUAAGCUAAAGCAAGCAGGACAUACAGCCAAACAGUAUAAGAAAAAUGAAAACUCGAAAAUGAAUAUGAGAAAUUGCAUCCAUUGUAAGAAGUUAGGCCAUGCAAGUGAAAACUGUUGGUUUCGAAAAACUAAAGAGAACGAAAAAGAUAAAGAAAUAAAACAGGAUAAAGAGACAGAAAACAAAUCUAAGGUUAAUGCAUUUAUAGGAGAUAACAGAUCAAGUAAUUCUAAGGAUUGGUUUAUGGACACUGGAGCAAGUGAACACAUGUGUAACGACAAGAAGAUGUUUCAGAUAUUUUGUGAAAGGCAAGAAAUCAAGAAAAUAAAAAUAGAUAAUAGAACUUUACUAGAUGUUAAAGGAAAAAGUACUGUUGUGUUGUAUGCAUGGACUGGAUCAGAUUUCAUUAAAACGUUUUUGUCCGACGCUUUGUACGUACCUGAUCUAAAAUUCAACUUGUUCUCUGUCGGACAUGCAAUGGAUAAAGGUUAUCAAUUAAUUACAAAUAGUAAAUACUGCGAGUUUGUAGAUAGAGAAG